UACCCAAUCUAUCUUUGACUACAAAAAUAAAAUUAACCAUAAUUAUUAUCAUCGGAUAAUGCACAGUGGGAAGAGGCCUCUUUCACCGGAAUCAAUGGCCGGAAAAAGAGAAGAGAAAGAAGACUUGUGUUGUUGCUCAACUUUGUCGGAGUCUGAUGUGUCUGCUUUUGUCUCUGAACUCACAAAUCAACCCACCCAACUAUCCAUGGAUUCAUCUCCAUCUCCUACCCCUCAAGAACAAAGUAAUUCGAGACAACGAAACUAUAGAGGCGUGAGGCAAAGACCAUGGGGAAAAUGGGCGGCUGAGAUCCGUGACCCGAACAAAGCAGCUCGUGUGUGGCUAGGCACGUUCGACACAGCAGAAGAAGCCGCCUUAGCAUAUGAUAAAGCUGCAUUUGAGUUUAGAGGUCACAAGGCCAAGCUUAACUUCCCCGAGCACAUUCUUACCAACUCUCCAUCAACCGAUACUUCCCAUGAUCGUAUUAUCGUAACGCCACCUCCACCAAUUGCUCCUGACAUACUUCCUGAUCAAUACUGCCAGUUUCAUUCUGGAAAUAGCCAAUCCGGUGCCAACUUAUCCAUGACUACGACGUCGCAUUCUUCGUCUUCACUGAACCAUCGAGGGCAGAGCACAAAAAUGGAGGAUGGUGAAAACGUGAAGAACAUUAGUAUUCACAAACGAAGAAAAUAGCAUCAAACGUAUUGACCGUGGAUGUAAUCCGGCUUUGAUUUCUUUUAUGAUUUCAUGUUUAGAUAGGCGUCUUUAAAGAGUGGAGGUGGUGCAUUUAGUAUGAUCAGGUCUCAUGGAUGAAAAAUAAACUUUUGGGACAUGAAUAUGCACGAAGGGAUAUGAAGAAGACUUGGAAGAAAGAAAGAUGUAUCGGACACGUUCUCAUUGGUCAAGACAACUAAACUAUCCACCGAUCACCAUAGAAGAUAGAGGCAGAGACCACAACACGCCCUAAUUGGUUCAGCAACUGCGCAUGAUCGACCGAUCAAAUUUGAUCUUGAGGAGACGCAGAAGAAGAUCUUGAGGAGUAAAUGUGUGUUUUGUAGAUCAGCUACUACAACACAUCAUAAACCGAUUAUUAAAUGAAGUCCGUGAAGGUUAAGGAGCGGAAUAUCAUUCUUGUA